UGCACGUCUUCCCAUGAUGCUCAGGGCGACGCGCUUUUACCGGCCUCUCGCGAGAUUUCGGCCUCUUCCCAGGCCGUCGUUGACCGAGACAUAGGCCAUGUUCAGUACCAGCGCGAAAAUCGUGAAGCCGAACGGCGAAAAGCCAGAUGAGUUCGAAUCUGGCAUUUCCCAGGCUCUUCUUGAGCUGGAGAUGAACUCUGACUUGAAGGCUCAGCUGAGGGAGCUCAACAUCACAGCUGCAAAGGAAAUCGAGGUUGGUGGCAGCAGGAAAGCCAUCAUCAUCUUUGUGCCCGUGCCCCAGCUGAAGUCCUUCCAGAAGAUUCAGGUGCGGCUUGUGCGCGAGUUGGAGAAGAAGUUUAGCGGCAAGCAUGUGGUCUUCAUUGCACAGAGGAGAAUCCUGCCCAAGCCAACAAGGAAAAGCCGCACAAAGAACAAGCAGAAGCGUCCCAGGAAUCGCACCCUUACUUGUGUGCACGAUGCCAUCCUUGAAGACCUGGUCUACCCCAGUGAGAUUGUUGGCAAGAGGAUUCACGUGAAACUGGACAGUAGUCGGCUCAUCAGGGUCCACCUUGACAAGGCACAGCAAAACAAUGUUGAACACAAGGUUGAGACCUUCGCUGGUGUGUACAAGAAGCUCACAGGCAAAGAUGUUGUAUUUGAAUUCCCAGAAUUCCAGCUGUAAAAAGCAGAUGGCAAAAUAAAUUUGUAUACCAUCAUGA